AUGAUGCGAGUCUCUGACAAGAAGGGAAUGCUUGGUUUCUCUCCGUAUAUAAGGUAGCGACAACCCUGCCUGUCUGACCUUAUACUCCUCUACCUACCCUUUCGAUUUGGACAACUACUCCACCAUCUGGAUACCGUGCCUACUAUAAAAUCAACUCUCUACUACCAAUAUAUACAAUCUACAAAUACUUGCUACCUCCAAACACAACCACCACCAUGAGUGUCGCCGUCCAAAUGAUCCGCCCAACCAUCCGCCAUUUCUCCGUCCGCCGUCCUCGUCCAGAUUCUCGCACCUCGCGCUUCGUCACAAGCUCGUGUCUCGUCUCCGCAGUGGUCCUCCCUUUCGUCCCACCAGCCCUAGAGAGCUCCCGCGAAAAGAAGUCCGGCUAUCCCAACCACAACAAAGCGCAUCCCCCACUUUGCUUCCACGCGCGGUAGAUCAAUCCGUCCGGUGCCGUUGAACGACGUCCUGCUAUUUAUAUCACUCUUUUCCCUUUGCUUUUCUUUUGUUUUCGUUUUUCUUUUUUUUAGCGACUUGUUUUCUUUUUUGGGGGCUUACAAUUCCCUUCUGAUCGACGGUCUUAUAUUUCAUCAUUUUCGGCGUACCGGUACACACAACACAUAUAAGCCCCUUACAUCUCGCUGUGGGGACAAAUGACGUCGUGAUUCAUCUUGCAUAUGGAGUUGGGGGCGUUUGAGCCAUGGCGAUCGCUUGGGUUGAUUUGACUUCUUUCUGUUUACUUUGUGGUGGUUCUUGUGAGGAUAGUAUGCGCGUCUUGAUGUGGUGUGGAAAUGACAUGCAUUGAAAUGGGGAUUGCGCUCAAGGGUCCAUCAUGGGCAUUAGCUUGAGAACUUGAGCAAUAAUGCAAGUACUAGCGGCCUGGCGCCGCAGGGUGAAUUCCAAGUUGUUGAUGUGAGUA